AUGUUCAGUAAAUGCCACUCUUCAAUUCCUAGCUUCCUUAUAGAAAACCUUCUUUAACCUUGGGACGAUUGAGCCAUGGCAAUUGCUUCCAGAGGGAGAGCUGAGCUUACUUCGAAGACGAGCGCAGAGAGUACAAAGGUGUGGACAGAGCCGAGGCCGAGACCAAAGGCUCAAGUGGUUUACUACGUCUCAAGGAAUGGCAACCUCGACCAACCUCAUUUCAUGGAGGUUCCUUUCUCCUCUGCGGAAGGGCUCUACCUCAGAGGUAAUGGGUAUUGUAAAACAUCAUCAAAAUUUCUUGUAAUCAUUUCAACGAGCGAUUUGUUUGCAGAUGUCAUCAGCCGUCUCCAUGUUCUCAGAGGCCGGGGCAUGGCGGACAUGUACUCCUGGUCUUGCAAAAGGAACUACAGAAAUGGCUAUGUGUGGCAUGACCUGUUGGGAGAUGAUUUCAUCCACCCUGUUCAUCGUAAUGAGUACGUGCUCAAAGGAACACAUAUCCUGCACUUCUACUCCUCUUCCUCCGCUUCCAUGGAAAGCUCCGCCUCUUCCUCCGUCGGCUCCGGGAAGUCUUUGGAGACCCAGAAACGCGUGCAAGGUGACACCUUUCCCUCUUCCACCAUCAAUUCGAGUGACGCGCCCACCCAGACGGACGAGCACAGGAGCCAUCGCAGGCGAUCUGAUCCGACCGAGGAGAACCAAGACGAGAAGCCAAAGACACUGACGAUGGUAGAGAACCCCGCCUCCGAGCUCAGCCGAGAGGAGAUAUCCUCGCCGAGCCCCGAUACGCUGGAAGCGCUGAUCAAGGAGGAUGGCUGCCGGAUCGUGACAGCGGAAUCAGAGGAAAAGGAGAGGGUGGAAGGAGGCUGCUUAAGCGGAAGAGUGAAGGCCACGUCGGCGCUGAUGCAUCUGAUCUCGUGCGGCUCGACCUCGGCGAAGGCGAGCGCUUUGUCGUCGUUGCCGCAGUGCAAGGGACGUACUGUCGGACCGAUCGGAGUCCACGGCCCACUUUCCGAGCUUGCGGGCAAUGAGAUCGGAGGAGGUGUACUUGAACAGGAGGUUGGUAGAGAGCAAUAUGACGCCGGCAGCGGGAAUUCAUCGACCUGUCAAGCUUGAACUGAAGGGAGAGAGCCCGGCGGGAAGGUGUUAGGUCGAUGGAGAUUUGCCACUUCCCGUACUGAUACUGGGGCAGAUUGACGGGAGUCUUGGACGCCUUUUACCACUUGAACUGAGAAGAGAAAAAUAGAACUGAAUUAUAUAUUUUAUUUUUAUUUUUAUUUGCUAAA